GCAGAUCAGUGCGAUCUUGUUCUCGGAGCAGAGGGCAGCUCUGAUCCAGUGGAGAACCUUGGCCUGUGUGCUGUGUCACAGGCCAAAUGCUUAUUAUGACUGGAGCAAUGGUCCAUUGUUUGCUUCUGAAUGAGGUCUCUCUGUCUUAAUCUGGCCUUAGACUGCAGAUCUGCUCAAAGUCUCUUACACACAGCAAUGGCCACACACUCCAAAGUACGGGUGAACACUGUUGACUAAAUACCCAAAAUCUUGGUGUUAACACUGCACGUAGAGCAAAACACUAAUGUCAGCAAAUCUUGCUGUUUGCUGAGUUUGCGUGUAUGAAUUUGUGGGAUGAGUGGUGAAUACUUUUACCCAAAAGGCUUUGAGUAUGUCAUCAGUACAUAAACUUCUAUUGCUAAAAUGGCUAGUUAAAUCAAAUUAAUUGUAAUGGUAACUGUCUUUGCUUUCACACCUACUUCAACUUUGGUGAACUCUGACAUGCAAAUUUGUUGACUGAUAGCAGACUACUGGAUUCUGCUUUGAAUGUUAAGAGAGCUGGAGAGUCCAAGAGAGACUUGGAUUAUACUGCACAAGUUGUGUGAGAGUUUCUAAUUGCAUGUUUUGAUAUAGUUUUGCUGUUGUUAAAAGUAGCCUACUUUUGCCUAAAUUCAUCAAAUUUUCGCGGAUUUUUGAUUCUUUGUUUACUGUAAGUUUUCCUUACGUAUUCAGUGUAACACGGGGUAGUAAUUAAUAUAUACAAAUGAUUGUUUUGUGGGUGAAGUAUUCCUUUAACCAUUCUCAGAGAGAGCAAUAACACACAGUUGUGAGACAGGUGUCAAUGGUACAAAUACUUUUUAAUAAACUAAGAUCUUUCCCAUCAGCAGCUGAGCUAACAAGCUUGCUAACUGACUACACAGAAAGCAAAAGAAGCCCAGGGAGCUUUUAGGUCUGUCACUAGCAUGUUCUUGGCUUGCUUGUGUGUUAGCCUUUAACAGUGACAGUGAAUUGAGCUGCCAUAAGGGCCAGCAGCAGGAGUGUCUAUAGGUUUCUGUAUGCAUACUAAAGACUCCCACUGGAAAGGAAACCUUUUUUUUUUUUUUUGACUGGGACAUUAUACAAGAUGAUGUUGUUACAAGUUGUUUAUCCAUUCUUUCAUAGAGCCAUGCAGAGUUAGAGAUUCGUGGCCUUACUUGGAAAUGUCAUACGCCCCUAUACCUCCAGCAGCAGUAUGUAUAGAGUGUUUAAGAGAGAGAGAAAAAAACUAGUAAUUCUAGUAGUGCUCUCUGGUAGUGUGAGUGAUGUGACCAUGUGUAUCCAGCAACAGAGACAGAGAGACAACAGUAGAUAGACUCCUCUGGGAUUUUGAGGUCAAGGGUAGCAGAGAGGACGACUAAUACACUGGAGUGGGGAGAAGUACUGUAGAGAGGACAGUAAGGAAAGUGGGAGGGUAGAAAAAUAUUAAAGAACUGGCCUUUACCCGUCAAAUGGUUCAUGUCAAGAAUGUACUGAAAUAUUGCAACAGAAGGCACUCAGCCCUUAAAUGUGUCCUCUAAUGGAGCAAUCUGCUCUUGUGAUUGUAGAAGAAAAAAAAUGCAUACUGUUACUUAACUCUUGAGUACUGGCCUGUUCUGACAUCUAGUGGCCAUAAGUGAGGACGGAAAGUUUAGCACCAGAUUAGACUCUACUGGCUGUUAACUAUGUUCCUCUGCCUUCAGCAUGUGUGCUGAUUAUCACCUUGUCUGUCCGGGCUCUAUAUUGAACUGCGCAGACACGAUGUGCAUGUGCCUGGCACAGGCCUGGGAACCUGUCAGUAAGUCAUCUUCUCUGGGUGUGACUUCACGUGUACAGGGCGGUGUGAAACUAACAGGAUGAUUAAACUGCUGCCAUUUUGUGGAACUGUGGUUUUGCAUUUCAGAUACAUGUGAAAACUUAUUCUUUCUACAUGACACACAACUGAAACCAUACGUGUAUCCUGAAAGGGCAAAUCGCUACUUGCUGCUGUCAGUGACCUCAGGGAAGGUUUCAGAGGACUAAAGCACAAAUGAAACAUCAUGACAGAUCUACCUUACAAAAUCACACUCUGAUAAACAACAGCUUUAAAAAAGGAAGUGUAGCAUCUGAUAGGGGAAGCGGAUGGCUGCAUUUUUUAUCUCCAAACACUGCAGCAUGCAAGUGAGACUAAAUUUAACCUGCAGUACCACAUAGCAGUGUAGAUGCGUACCUAUAAACUGCAUGUCCCCAGACUCAGCUGUGUCCACUGACCAAGUCACCUGCAUUUUUAAAACUUCAGAGAUACGAGGAACUAACAUCUUCCUUCCUGUCUGUCUGUCUUCUUUAACAUCAAUGUCUCUACCACUAACUGCUGUCAUCUUGUUUUCUUUCUCACUUACCCUCCGCCUGCCCAAUACUGUGUGCAUCUUAAGUUUUGGCUGAGUUGCUAGGGGCAGAGUGACGUCACAAACGGUAGAAAAACACUCACAUGCAUGAGGGCAGAGCUUCCCCUUCCUCUCAUCACCAUACAUAACAAACCGAGAACAGCCCACAGCAGACGCCAUCAUGUUGUGCAUUCAAGCAGAAACCACAUCAGUGGCGCGUAAAAGCUGACUUGUUCACAUCAACACUGACAGAAAGGUCUCUGCUGCUUUUGGUGUGACAGGAAGGUUUGCCGUUGACCUCGUUUGCUACUGUACAGCGCGAGGAGGAGAGUGCGUUUGUGCAUCAGGCUGCUGUUUGCAGAGAAACGUGAAGCUGCUGGAGCAUGCGGUCACUGGUGGUCACUCCCGGCUUUCACCUCUCCCCUCCAUCCAUGUUGAUCAUUUAGGGAGACGACAGAGAAGCAAAAGGUGUUCAGGGUGUGUGAGUGACAUGAUGAAGGACUGAUCACAGGAAAUUGCUGUUAAGUUAUGCCAUCAGUGUUUGUAUGAGGCAGGAAAUUACUCUGAAUAUGUCUGGAGCGUGGAAGGAAUCCCUGGCCAACUCCUCCUGUGGACACAACAUGACCAGCUGGGACCAGCGCAUGAAUAAGAUGUACACCUACUUCUACCUGCUGCUCUUCAUCCCCGGGCUGCUGCUCAACACCACUGCUCUCUGGGUCCUCUGCAGACACAUUAGUAAGAAGACCAAGGCUGUGAUCUUCAUGAUAAACCUGGCACUAGCAGACCUGGCCCACAUCCUCUCUCUGCCCCUCAGGAUAUAUUAUUACUUCACACGCACCUGGCCCUUCGGACGAGGCAUCUGCUUGUUCUGCUUCUACCUCAAAUACCUCAACAUGUACGCCGCUAUAGUGUUUUUGGUGUGUAUCAGCGUGCAGAGAUGUGUCUUCCUGCUUGACCCAUUCUCAGCUCGCCGGUGGAGGCGGCGCUAUGACCUGUUGAUCAGUCUUAUAGUGUGGGUGGUGGUCGGUCUGGCUUGCUCGCCUUUCAUCCUGAUGCGGAGCAGCAGCUCCACCAGUCCUGGCAUUAGUACACAGACAGUCUAUAACAUGUCCUAUUCUCUGUAUGCCAGUUCUACCCAGCAGGUAGGUUACACCAAGCUUCAUGUGCCACCUACAAGUAUGAGCCCCAGCAGUCCUAGCUCUAACGAAGACGGCUGUUUUAAGGAUUUGCCCAUGCGUCGUCUGUCCCUCUCUCUGGCUGUCACCAUGAUAGCUCUUGCUGAGCUGUUUGGUUUCAUUAUUCCUCUGGCCUGCAUCACUUUUAGCUCAAUCCGCAUCGCCCGCUCCCUCAACCAAAAAAGUGAGAAUGCAAACUCAACCACACUCAACUCCUCAGCACGCAGCCGAAUCCAGUCAGUCACCUCCAAUGGUCACAUGGAUAAAUACCACGAAAAGCAGAUAAACACUGAGAAGCGGCGCGCUCUACGGAUGGUGCUGAGCUGCUCUGCCCUCUUCUUGUUCUGCUUUGCCCCCUACCAUCUCAACUUCCUGCUCUACCUGAUGGUGUCGCAGAACGUAGUGUCCCACUGUGCAACGAGGCUGGCCGUGCAUCAGUUCCACCCGGUGUCUCUGUGCCUUGCGAGCCUGAGCUGCUGCCUCAACCCUCUGCUUUAUUACUUUCUGAAUGCAGAGUUCAGAUUGCACCUCACCAGGCGCACCUCCUCCUUCACCGCCUCGCUCCUCUCCUCCCCGAUCAGCUCCCCGAUCCGGCGUCCCACACAGCACAGAAUGACGAGCAUGGAGAGUAGCUGCUCAGACAGGGAGCAGCAUUAUUCAGAUGCUAAUUUGUUUUUUCCUAAGGAGAAUGACACGGCUAAAGAUGACAGAUAGUGCACUCUUGUAAACAGACUGACAAGAUCCAAGUUGGAUGAGAUGAUUUCACAUGUUACAGCUGUCUGAAUACAAACUGACCCGAAGAGCUUUGACCCCAGCAUGAAGAUUCUCCCGGACAACACCACUUUAGAACAAACAAAUCGUCAAUCAGCAACUGAACGGAUGUGUUUCAUGAGUGUGUGCACAGUAAUAUCUAUGUGAACAUCAUCACAGUGGCCUUGUGUACAUAAGCUACAGCUGGUUGUUUAUCUUACCAUAAAAAUACAACAACUUUAAAUAAGCUACAUCAUAAAUGUCAAUGCUGUAUGUAAAUGUUCUGUAAAUAAAAGCGCUGUCUGUUUUA